ACUUCUCCCCUCUCUAUCCUCUGCCCUCUCCCCCCCUCUCUCUCUCUAAAGAAAGACCGGAGAGAAACAGAGAAGAGCAGAGCGAGCAAAUAAAGACAGAGGAGCGCCGACCGAGAAGAGAAAUUUUUUCACUUGUGGAUCUGAAAUAUAGAUACUAGCUAGAUUCGUUGGUGAAUUUGCUCGCCGUUGCUUUGCUUCCGCUGCCAUGGUGUUUUGUUGGUGAUUGGUUGAAGAAGAGCCAUGGUGAAGAAGGAGGGUCCGUGCUGCCACUGCGGAAUCAUGGGCAGCCCUAUCUGGCGAAACGGGCCACCCGAGAAGCCGGUGCUCUGCAAUGCGUGUGGGACAAGAUGGAGGAAAAAGGGUACAUUGGAGAACUACACACCAACGCGUCGUCCCCAAGAUGCUGAAGCGGAGACGAAACAACACAAGAAAAAGCCCGUCCGCAGAAUAGUGAAGAAACAACCAUCUUCUGAUCACAACUUGGGGAACACAGGGGACACAAGCAAUCCAUCUGGUUUUGGAUCAGCAGUAUCCUAUUCAGGUUCAGCGCAAUCACAUGCUCGGGAGCCACUGGUACCAUCAAGAAAAAAGAGUUGCAUCGGUCGUCGUCGUAAGCCGUCAACGGUGGAAGCGCUUGCAGAGGAUCUCAACUCCAUAAUGCACCAAGAGAAGUUAUGUUCUGGUUCAGGGGUUCGUACCAUUCCAGGAUCCUCAGAGGAAGACCUACUGAUUUAUCAUAGCGAAACUCCUGCUGGAUCCUUUGAGAUCGGUUACGGAAGCAUGCUCCUUACACAUCCAUUCAAGCAAGCUUCUUACUGAUUUAUCAGAGUUAUGUUUUUGGAACUGAACAAGUUCAGAGUUUUGGCUGGUUCAGCCUCUCCCUUUUUAUAUUGUGGCUGGGUGAAUGUACAUUUGUGAAUUUGUUUCUGGGUGAAUGUAUAUUAGUCAAUUCUGGCAGCAAUCAA